ACGGGGGCAGCAGCAGCAGCUGAAAGACGUCGCUCGCGUUUCUUUGCUCGGGCUCGAGCGAACGAGGAGAAGAGAGAGAGGGAGAGAGAGAGAGAGGGAGAAAAAAAGCAGACGGGGUCUCCAGAAGGAGAGGCGACAAAAAAAAACUUGGACAGGGCUGUCAAGGAAAGUGAGAGAUGCAGUGAAGAACUGACACACAUUAGGUCAAAGGUUACUGCUCACCAGGAAGUGGAGGUGCAGGAUGCAGUCUCGCACACAGGAGCAGCCGUUGGCCCUCACUGCAGUGAAGUCACACUAUCCGACCAAUGGGAAAGAAGAAGAGGUGAACACAGAUGCAGAUUUCAUGGAAGAAGAGGCAGAGUUUAACUGGGAGGAGUACAUGGAGGAGACGGGGGCUAACGCCGCCCCUCACACCACCUUCAAACAUGUGGAGAUCAGCCUGCAGAGCAGCUUCCAGCCAGGUAUGAAGCUGGAAGUGGCCAAUAAGAGCAACCCGGACACGUACUGGGUGGCCACCAUCAUCACCACAUGUGGCCAGCUGCUGCUGCUGCGCUUCAGCGGCUACGGCGAGGACCGCAAGGCCGACUUCUGGUGUGAUGUCAUGACAGCCGAUCUGCACCCGGUGGGCUGGUGCACCCAGAACAACAAGACCCUCAUGCCCCCUGAAGAUAACAUUUACCUAAGAAAAGCCAUCAAGGAGAAAUACAACGAUUGGACAGAGUUCCUCAUUCAGGACCUGACCGGUUCCAGGACGGCACCGGCCAACCUGCUGGAGGGGCCUCUGAGAGGUAAGAACACCGUGGAUCUGAUCGUCGAGGGCUCAGUCAUGGAGCUUCAGGAUGUGUCAGACCCUUUCCUUUAUUGGCCUGUCCGAGUUAUCCAGAACGUUGGGGGGAGACUCCGUCUACGCUACGCCGGUCUCUCCGACGACCACCAGGCUCAGGACACCUGGCUAUUCUACCUGGAUGUCAGGCUCCGCCCGCUCGGCUGGGCUCUGGAGAACAAGCUCACCUUAGAACCGCCCACAGGGCUCCAGUCUCUGAAGAGCGACUCUGAAUGGCAGCACGCUCUGGAGGAUGCUCGACUCAACGGACAGAAGAGUCCGCUGCCACUUGAGGUGUUCAAGGACCAUGUAGACCUGCCUAAGCACUCCUUCAAGACGGGGAUGAAGCUGGAGAUGGUUUCUCUGCGGGAGCAGCUCCAGAUCUGCCCUGUUUCUGUCACCAAGGUCUACGACGACAUCUACUUCCAGGUAACGCUGGAUGAUCUCUCCCUUGACGCGAAGCCGCAGUCUGUCGUGUGUCACGCCAACUCUCCUGGCAUUCUGCCCAUCCAGUGGUGUCUGAAGAAUGGCGUGGGUCUGGAGCGGCCCCGAGGCUACGAAGGCCAGGACUUCGACUGGGCUGACUACCUGAAGCAGAGCGGGACAGAAGCGGCCCCUGACGCCUGCUUCCCUGAUACAUGGCAGAACAGAGGCUUUGCCAAGGACAUGUGGCUGGAGGCGGUGAACCCUCACCGGCCAGAGGAGGUGUGUGUGGCUGAGAUCACACAGGUCAGAGGACGCCUGCUGUGGCUCCGACUGGAAGGUGUGGCAAAGCCCCUGUCAGAGUGUAUUGUGGACGUCGAGUCCGUGGACAUCUUCCCUGUCGGCUGGUGCGAGGCCAACGCUUACCCUUUGACCCCUCCACUCAAACCUGUCUGCCAGAAGCAGAAGAAGAUAGCGGUGGUCCAGCCAGAGAAACAGUUGGCUCCGUCGCAGCCGGUAGAGGUGACACCUGUCAACCACUGCCAGCCCGUUGCCAUGGAUCCAGGCUCAGCCAAUGGCAGAUACUGCUGCUCCAAGAUUUUUGUCAACCACCGCUGUUUCUCAGGACCGUACCUCAACAAGGGACGCAUCGCAGAGCUGCCGCAAGCCGUCGGACCCGGAAAAUGCACACUGGUCCUCAAAGAGCUGCUGAGCAUGCUGAUCAACGCCGCCUACAAGCCAGGACGAGUCCUGAAGGAGCUGCAGGAGCUGGAGGAUCAGAGCUGGGACUGCCAAGAGGAGACCCUCAAAGCCAAAUAUAAAGGGAAAACCUAUCGCUCCACCAUCCGGAUAGUCCGCCUCGCUGACCAGAUCCCGGACUUCUGCCGUAAGGUGUGCGUGAAGCUGCAGUGCUGCCCGAACCUCUUCAGCCCCGUCCUCGUCACUGACAAGUGCCCAGAGAACUGCUCCGUUCAGACCAAAACCAAAUACACCUAUUACUAUGGGAAGAAAAGGAAGCUGUCCAAGCCGAUGGGAGGAGAGGAGACGGCAGAGGGAGACCUGGCCAAGCCGACGCGCCGCAGGAAGAAGAGGAAAGCUAUCUUUGUGCAGAAGAAAAGACGCUCGUCCGCUGUGGACUACACUCCUGCCGGCUCACCGCAGGACAGUGAUGAGGGAGAGGAGGAUGAAGAGAUGGCGUGUCAGUCGGGCAGUGAAGGCACCAGCUCUGAGCCACGUGAGGACCACACUGACGCCUCAUCGGUGGAGGUGAACAGUAGUCGCCCUCGCCGGGCCACGACGCUGCGCAGGACCUUCAGCGUCGGCGACACUACCGCCAGCCAGGAGGUGCCUGAGCGCCGCAGGAGGUCCACCCGCUCGCUGUCGGCCUACAACCAGAACAACAACAAGUACCAGCCACCCAAAGGACAAGACAUGCAGGUGCAGACAGAGAGACGGCACACUGAUGGAGGUUCAGCCCUCACAGUGGUGGAGGAGGAGGGUCAGCUGGUUUUGGACAGAAAUCCUCUGGAGUGGAGCGUGGAGGAAGUCGUUCAGUUUAUAAACUCUACUGACUGUGCGUCCCUGGCCAACAUCUUCCAGGAGCAGGACAUUGACGGUCAGGCCCUGCUGUUGUUAACUCUGCCAACUGUACAGGAGUGUAUGGACCUGAAGCUCGGUCCCGCCAUCAAACUGUGUCACCAGAUAGAGCGCGUCAAGGUUGCCUUUUACAGACAGUAUGCCAACUGAUUGAGAAGCUGCAACAGCAAGUCACCCGCUGCACAACUGGCCAGUUGAGGAAAAUGUUGGAUUAAGUCCGUCCUGGUGAAACCCUUUGGAAUGUUUUGGCAAUGUGGAUUUCUUAGCGGAGUUGCAUUGGCAAGACACAAAAGAAAGUUACAACAGAAGAAGGUGAAGGAUUCAUUUCUGUGAUAGUGGUGUCAGUGUGACACCAACAAAAACGUUCUAACUGCCGACUCCAGCAGAACAAAACACAUCGGAGUCGAUCCGUGUGCUUUACCGAUCUGUGAAGACGUUUCUUUGAGAAGCUGAGAACUUGUUUUUGAAGACAUUUGUGUUUUUCUUGCUUUUCAUUUCCUUUUUAUUUGUGAUAGAGGAACAUUAUAGCAUUUAAGUUAAAAAGUAAUUACUGACCACACGGUUUUCCCUUCUUUGUGUGACAUGAUUGGUUCUGAAAAAAUAUCUGAAAAUUAUUUAAUAAACCAAGAAAUAAUAUAUUUGGAAUAUUUAUUAUUCUGUUGUAAUUUAUAAGGAGUAAUUAUCUAUUUGGAUGUAGAGAAAAUAAUAGUUAUAUCAAAAUAUCAAUAUUAACUCCUUUUCCACUGAACUAAACCUCUAAAAGAUGAAGUUAUUUCACAAACUGGGAUCUGAAUUAAUUUACAUUUACACAAGAUGACACCUUCUGAAAUACUUUGAAAUUCCCAGUUGAGCAUACUUCUCAUUGUUACAAUCACAUGAAUCAAUCAUGUAAGCUAUUUUGUGUCCAUCUAUGCAAAUGUGUUGCAGAUAUUUUUGAUAUGUACGAAAAUAAAUUUCUAUUGAUUUUUA